GUAUGUAUGUACGUAUGUACAUACAUACAUAAUAGAGGUUAAUAGACUUGUCUGCACUCUUGUGGUGUAAACAAUAAUGUUUCCGCCAUAUUUACGCUGUUUUGAGUGUGGAUGGAUCAGCUACAGCGCUAGCGUAGCUUAGCAUGAAACGAUCCAGACUCCAUUCAGAAAACAAGCGUUUUAAAAGUUGUUUGCUCGUCGUCUUGCAGAUAAACCUCACAAAGUGUAAAAUUCAGACUUUUUAUUAAUUUAGAAAUAUAACGUGGUUAUUUUAGCGUUCUUUUUUAUCCGUUCAUUGCAGUUAAAUUCCAGCAAACACGUGAACACAGCAUCGGGUGGAUGUUCAAUUCUUGGUUUCCAAAUAAAUCUCAACUCAAAAGUCGUGGAACUAACUGAACCCUUCGUCAUGACGCAUAUCCGUACUUAUAUAAUUAGAUAAGUAUAUGUGCGGAAGUUCAACGUCACAAUAUUAAUCUCAAACACGUGAUUAGAUGCAAAGAAAACUUGGUGAAAAAGACAAACUUACAUUUGAUCUGAUGUUUCUUUUCUUUCCACAUCUGUAAAAAAGCUGCUUGUAUUACAGCAGAUUAAAUCAUCUGCCAGCUCUCCAUUGAUGUUUAAACACUGAUCAUUUGGUGCACAGCGUUGUACUUUUUCAGACCUUGUUAUGUUUUUUCUUCUUUUGUUGUAUGUUGACAACCAACCACACUGCCCCCUACAGGCUGUUAACAGAGUUUAUCAAAGUAGGGAACCUGCAGGCGCUGAGAACCUUUAGAGUGCUGAGAGCCCUGAAAACUAUCUCAGUCAUCCCAGGCCUGAAGACCAUCGUGGGCGCUCUGAUCCAGUCGGUGAAGAAGCUCGCCGACGUGAUGAUCCUCACCGUCUUCUGUCUGAGCGUCUUCGCCCUCAUCGGCCUGCAGCUCUUCAUGGGGAACCUGCGGCAGAAGUGCGUCCGCAGCACGUUGCACUGCCUCAACGGCAGCCUGCCGGCCAACACCACCUUCUACUGCAACAACAAGACCUGGAACUCCCUGAAGGACUUCAUCGACGACGAGGACAACUUCUACAAGGUGGAGGGAGCCAAGGAUGCCUUAAUCUGUGGGAGCAGCGGCGACGCAGGGUGAGUGGAACGUCUUCUGUCUUCAUCACUGGAAAGAGAAAACACAUGACUCAGAAGCCGGGACAGUGAGGAGGCGGAGCUGUGGAUGUUGGAGCUGGACACGCCUCCCAGCUGAGGGCGGAGCUUGUUGUGUUUUUGAGCGAGAGAUGCUGGAAUGUGUUGCAGUUGUUGAGCUGUUUUGUUGUCAGGAAGUCAAACUCAGAGGACGAUCAGAGUUGAUUGUGAGGACGACGUGAUGGUGGUCUUUUCAAUGAAUGGCACUUUGGGCUUUGACUUAUUAUUGUUGUUUUUCAAUGAUUUAAUGGGCCAGAGAGGCUGUCCUUUAUCUGUAGUGUGUGCCUUUGUAUAUAUCCUGAGAGUGUUGUUUGUUAGUUUUUGAGUUUUUUGGUCAUUUUAGUCUCUGUGUAGUUCUGUUUGGUC